GUCGCGGCCGGAAUGGCGUACUUGGAAGAAAUGAAGUUCAUUCAUCGAGACUUGGCCGCACGUAAUAUUCUUACAAAAAACCACCUGAAUGUGAAAAUUGCCGAUUUCGGCCUUGCACGGCUACUUCAUAAGGAGAAUCAGUACGAGGCACGAGUUGGAGCACGAUUUCAGCCGAUCAACAGUUGA